AUGGUGGGAAUAACAGCACUAGUAGAUCUAUGGAAGAAAAAUCAAAGUUUUAGCGCGACACGAACCUAUCAAUCUCCUUCCUUGUUUACUGCAUCUGCCAUCGUUGCCCCUUUUGCCGCUGUCACCUCUUUUGCCUCUAAGGACUUCUUUAGGACACCAAUUGCUUAUUGUGAUGCUGGAGCGACAAUUUCUGAACAUUACAUUCCUAGUGCAGCAAGUGUACCUGGAAAAUAUUUCUACCAUGAUUCUCUAAAAUAUAAUUCCAAGCACUACGACAUUGCAUUUAAACCAUUCUUUUCAGCUUUUGAUUUGAAGUCGUUUUCAAUCAUUACAUUAAGGUCAUUCUUAAUGUUCUAUUUGCCUCUUUUGGAGCCACAUGCUAAGAUGGAACAAGAUGAUGAUGAAUUUCCGCAACACAAACAAGGUGAUCUUUGUUGCAAAUUAAGUGUUCCCUUCAGAAAGUCAAUAUUGCAAAUCAUCCGUGAGGUCGCUGUGGUGACAACUACACGCAUUUUAGAAAGAUUGGUUGUCCGUUAUGUUUCUAGAAAAAGGGCAUGGAGACUACUUAAAGAUGUUCCUGAAUCAGCUGCUCGCAAGGCUGGAAGGAAAAUGCCAAGUUUAGUUUACUUCUAUUCAGUGAGCAGAGCAACAUUUAGAGGGCACUUGAUAGGGUUUUCAGCAUCAUGGCUUGUUCAAGUAGGCAUAAGAUUAUUUCAGUUCUUUAAUCCUAUGUCAAAGAAUAAUGAUGGUAUUAGCAAAGCUGAGAGAAUGAGGAUUCUUAGGCAUAAGGUUUUCAUAGCCACAGUUAGGUGCAAUGCAUCUCUAAUUUUUGCCUCUGUUGGGGCAGCAAUUGGGGCUACCCUUUUCCGUCCUUCAAUUGGCCAGUGGGUUGGUGGCGUUGUUGGAGAUUUGGUUGGUCCGGUUAUUGUAGCAGUUUGUGCUGAGAAAGUUUUCUGCUUGAAGCUUUAG